AUGCCACCCAAAGCGUCAGUCAGCCUUGCUGCCACUAUCUCUUUGCUCACACAAAGUAGCGACUGGGAAAAGUACGAGAAGAAAGCUGACGAGAAAGAUGAAGAGAAAAUCAUUGCGCUCGACGAUAGCGACAUACAAAUUCUCAAGACAUACGGACAAGGGCCUUACGCGGCCAAACUGAAGACGGUUGAAACAGACAUUAAAGACGUGCAGAAACGGAUAAACGAGCGACUCGGAAUCAAAGAGUCAGACACAGGUCUCUCGUCGCCAAACCUCUGGGAUCUGGCAGCAGACCGAGCACGUGAAGAGCCACCUCUUCAAGUUGCUCGUUGUACCAAGAUAAUUCCUGUGGAUUCCGCUGCUGCUGAAGCGGCAAAGGCUGUCAACCCACUUGGGGCUCUCCAGGGUCAGAAAGGCGCGGACGAACAAGAUAAAUACGUCAUCAACAUUAAGCAAAUCGCGAAAUUCGUUGUUGGUCUCGGUGAUCGUGUAGCUUCGUCUGAUAUCGAGGAAGGGAUGCGGGUAGGUGUCGACCGCGUCAAAUAUCAAAUACAGAUUCCCCUCCCUCCGAAGAUCGACGCGUCGGUAACCAUGAUGCAGGUAGAGGAGAAGCCCGACGUGACAUACUCAGAUGUAGGAGGGUGCAAAGAGCAGAUUGAAAAACUGCGGGAAGUAGUGGAAACCCCUCUCCUUUCUCCGGAGCGUUUCGUCAACCUUGGUAUUGACCCGCCAAAAGGCGUGUUGUUAUAUGGACCUCCUGGGACUGGGAAGACAUUGUGUGCGCGUGCUGUUGCCAAUAGGACAGACGCGACAUUCAUCCGUGUUAUUGGCUCUGAACUGGUCCAGAAAUAUGUUGGUGAGGGUGCUCGAAUGGUGCGAGAACUUUUCGAAAUGGCCCGGAGCAAGAAGGCUUGCAUUAUUUUCUUCGACGAAGUCGACGCGAUUGGGGGCGCUCGAUUUGAUGAUGGCGCUGGUGGUGACAACGAAGUCCAGAGAACGAUGUUAGAACUAAUCAACCAACUCGACGGUUUCGACCCAAGAGGCAACAUCAAGGUGCUUAUGGCUACCAAUCGUCCUGACACACUAGACCCUGCUCUUUUGCGACCAGGGCGUAUAGACCGUCGUGUCGAGUUUUCGCUACCAGAUGCCGAUGGCCGUGCUCAUAUUCUGAGAAUCCAUGCUAGAAGUAUGAGUGUUGAACGCGACAUUCGGUUUGACCUUAUUGCCCGACUGUGUCAAGGCACAACAGGUGCAGAACUGCGGUCGGUUGCUACUGAGGCUGGAAUGUUUGCCAUUCGCGCUCGACGAAAGGUUGCCUCUGAGCGCGACUUCCUUGACGCUGUCAAUAAGGUCGUCAAGGAGGGGACGAAAUUCUCCAGCACGCCCUUAUACCAAGUUUACAACUAG